AAGGUGAACUAGAAGCUGAAUGGUUGCAAGAUGUUGGCCUGUCUACAUUAAUAUCAGAAUCUGAAGAAGACAAUGGAGAAGCAUUGCUAUCAACAUUGACCCGAACUCAAGCAGCUGCAGUGCAAAAGAGAUAUACCACAUAUUCUCAGACCAUGAGAAAGAAAAAUAAACACACAAUCAGAGAUGUGCGUGAUAUCUUUGGUAUUCAUAAUUCCUCUCCUACAUUUGAGACUAUAUCAGUGUUACCUGUCACAACCAAUGGUAUUGAUUUUUCUGUGCAGAAUCCAGAUUGGAAAAUGGUUAGCUCUAGUGACUGUAUGGAAUAUAAACUCAAUAAAGGCAGUCAGUUGGAGAAAGAGGAGCUUUCCCUUGAAAUUUCCUUCUCAGAAUCAAUCACGGUGCCUCCAAAACACAGAGAAUGUCACAAAAGUCAAAGGUUAAAAAAGGAUGAUUCUGCAUUACCUAAAUAUACAAUUAGGAAAAGUCGACUUGGAUUAACUGAAGUUGGAGAUUUGUCUCCUGAGGACAUGAAGAAAAUCCGUUAUCUCUCUCUGAUUGAAUUAACGGCUGUCUAUGAUGCUUUAGGAAUAGAAUUGAAAAGGAACCGGACAGAAAGGAUGAAAAGGCGAGAAAAUGGCCUUUUUGGAGUUCCACUAGCAGUACUCUUGGAAAAUGAUCAAAAGAAGUUUCCUGGAAUUAAAGUCCCCCUUAUUUUUCAAAAACUAUUGCUCAAACUUGAGGAAACUGGUCUGGAAACAGAAGGUAUUCUUCGAGUGCCUGGAUCUGCUUGCAGGGUGAAGAGUCUUCGUCAAGAAAUUGAAGCAAAAUUUGAUGAAGAUACUUUUGACUGGGAUCAAGUACGCAAUAAUGAUGCCGCAGGACUGCUGAAGAUGUUUGUACGAGAACUACCAAGUCCUCUCUUCCCUGUGGAAUAUUUGCCUGCUUUUAUCACAUUAGUAGAAAGUCCCAACAUUUCUGAUUACUCAAGUGCGAAAGAUGAAUGAAGCUGCAAUGAACAAUAUGAAAAAGCAGCUCAUGUUUGACAAGGGUGUAAGAAAACUAUUGAGAAGGAAAACUAUGGACCGGGAGAGGCCAGAAAGAACAGAGUCUGAUAUACCUGAAGGUGUGAUAAGAGUCCAUGCUCCAUUGCAUUCAAAAGUUUCUAUGGCAAUUCAACCAAAUAAUCAAACAAAAGCGAAAGAUAUUGUGGCACGAUUUUAUUAUGAAAACAG